CUGUCCUGCCGUACGGUAAAGAUGGCUGCGCUCUCUGCAGCACAGUGAGGUUACGUUGAGAGACGUGAAUACUCAAACGUCUGACGGUUCUGGUCGUGUUGUGUCCCAACGCCGUCAUCAGUGUUCAGGCUGCGGGGUCGGUCGGUCAGUCAGCGGAGAAGAUGGCGGGCCAGGGAGGACUGUUGUUCCAGCAGAAGGUCAGCAGGAUGCUGAGCGGUCAGAACGGAAGAAAGCCGGUCCUGAAACCCAACAGACCGCUGGUUCUGAAAGACUCAGUCGCCAGCCGCAAACCCAAGAAAGGAGAGGCCACGUGUAUCACCGAGAUGUCGGUCAUGAUGGCGUGCUGGAAGCAGAACAACUUUGUGGACUCUCUGUGCUCCCGAGAGAUGAAUGACUUCUACACGUGUGUGAAGGAGGCUCAGGCAGCUCUGAAGACAGCGUCACUGAAAAACACACAGGGCAGCCGACUGUCUCCCCAGCAAGCCAACACUCUGCUGCACAGGUUCCCGAACCAGCGACACGAGAUUUAGUGACUUUUGGACUGAAUUUGAGACAAAAAUCACGAGGUGCAGGCCACUGUCUGGUGGUGGUCUCCUGGUAGCCCAGAGUGGUUCCACUAGUGUUGUCCAAGUUUGUUGUUUUGAUUAAAAUUGUCAUG